CACGGGGCUCCAUUAGCCAGAAGAGGCGCCUGUGAAAGCAACAGCAACAUCAACAAACAGGGAAUUUAGCAUAUUUCCAGUUCAGGAAUGCCGAAGAUGGGAAGAUAAUACAAAGUAAUUUUGAUCAGUUGUGAUUCAGGCUUGUGACGGAUACCUCUUGACAGGCAUAGUAUGACCCAAUAUCCUACACCGACCAGUCGCUCCAACUUCUACACUGUUGUGAAAGCAGAAGCCUCUUCCACACCACCCCUCUCCACCAACAUGGCCAACAGUACAGUCCCUCCAGGCAAAGUUCCAGGCACCCCUGGGCCAGCAGGGAGACUGAGUCCUGAAGGAACUCAGGUGCUUAGUAAGAAGAAGCUUCAGGAUCUCGUGCGGGAAAUUGACCCUAAUGAGCAACUCGAUGAGGAUGUGGAGGAGAUGCUCUUACAGAUUGCUGAUGACUUCAUUGAGAGUGUGGUGACUGCUGCAUGCCAGCUUGCCAGACACCGAAAGUCAAACACUCUUGAAGUGAAGGAUGUCCAGCUGCACCUUGAACGACAGUGGAACAUGUGGAUUCCUGGCUUUGGCUCAGAUGAGAUUCGGCCGUACAAAAAGGCAUGCACCACAGAAGCCCACAAACAGAGAAUGGCGCUGAUUCGCAAAACAACCAAAAAGUAGCAAGAUCUGAAGCACCAACUGAUUUUUUUUGUUUUGUUCUGAAGUUUUGGAAGUGGGGUGGUUUGAGGCGAUAAAAAUUAUGUUAAUCAUAGGGGCAGAAUGCAUCGUCACAGAACAGCUCUGUUGGCAUUUCAUGCAUUCAAAAAGUGCAGGAAUUUGUAUAAUUUGUCUUUGCAGUUCACUCAUUUUGUUGAGCACCUUUUCGAGUCUCUGGCUUGGUGCUAAAUUGGGGCAUUUCUUAUACGGUAGGAAUCUCACAGACCUCUGCGUUAACAUCACUUUUUUAAUUGUUUUACCCACAAACCACAUUUACAUUCACAUUUCAAAUAUGUCUGACCGUUCAUUUAAGUCACACCAUUUUUGCUCAGCUGUAGCUAUGCACCUGUAAAAAUUACCAUGUGUCUUAUGUUUUGUUUAUAGUGUUCAGUGUUAUAGAACUUGUCAUAAGGAAUACUUAAUAAGAGUAGAACCAGAAAUGCUAAGUGUAUGACUUUCUAAAGGUAAAGAGUAAUUUUUACCAAAUAAAUACUAUUUCCCUUGUAA